AUGCCUCAGGUGGCUUGCCUCUAUCUGUUGGCAUACCUUGAUCGUAGCAAUUUGGGAAAUGCGAGACUCCUAGGAUUGGAGGAUGAUGCCCUGAAUGGCAAUGACGAUCAUUUUGGAUGGGCUGCGAGUGUCUUCUACUUUGGAUUUGUGUUGUUUGCCAUUCCACUUACACUCGUCGGGAAAACCUUCAAUCCAUCUAAGUUCGUCUUCGUUUGCGCGCUGGGUUGGGGCACUGCUGCCGGUGCUGCGGCAGGUGCAAAUCAAUUUUGGGGUAUUGCAGUUGCACGCUUUUUUACUGGUCUGUGUGAAGCUGGCUUUGCACCGACUAUAGUAUUUUACUUGACUAUUUGGUACACGCGCGAUGAAGUUGCGUUUAGGACCGCACUUUUAGUUGGCAUGGCUGCACUAUCCGGUGCCUUCAGUGGCUUGAUAUCCUACGCUAUAUCUCUGAUUAACACUAAUAUCGGACGCUGGCGAAUACUAUUUUUGAUAGAAGGGCUCCCAACUGUGGUUUUCGCGUUCAUCGCCCUUCUCUUCCUCCCCGAUCGACCCGAGACAUCCAAAUUCCUCAGGAACGAAGAAGAACGAAAGGUGUCUAUAAUGCGCAUGCACCGCGGCCAGAAAAGUGAGGGACCUAAAGUCUUAGUGAAGAAACAUGUUAUUUCAGCCUUCAAAGAUUGGAAAAUAUAUGCAUGUGCACUUAGCAAGAUGGGCCAUGAUGCGGCUCUUGCUUUGAUUACUGUUUUCUUGCCGACAAUUGUCAAGUCUCUGGGUUUUACACCUCAGCAGGCCCAAUAUCUCACUAUCGGUCCGUACAUGACUGGCUGGGUCAUGAUGGUUAUAGUCUCCCUUCUUUCUGAUCGCACCAAAAUGCGUGGACCGUUCCUAAUUGGUUGUGCAAUGUUUUCUAUCAUCGGGGCGACUCUGUUGUUCACAUAUCCGGCGGAAUCGAAUCGAAAAGUUGCCCUCUGUGGCAUUUUCAUUCUUUUGGCAGGGGUUUUCCCAUGUGUACCACUACAAGUACAAUGGGCUUCGGACAAUUGCGGUGCAGAAUCAAAGAAAACAACUGCAAUAAGUAUGCUACUUGUCGCAGGUCAUUCCUGGAGCAUUCUCGUGAGCAAAAGCUUUCCGACAAACGAGGGGCCUAGGUUUAUUCGAGGAUAUUCCAUCGUACUCUCGUUUUUAUCCCUGUCUGUCAUCCUACCUACCAUUUUGCACGUUCGUCACCGCAUCGUCAAUGCGCGGCGGGACAGGAAGUAUGGUAUACCCAAUGCUAAUGACCCGGUCGACACCUCUGAAUUGGCCGAUCACGCGCCGAUGUUCCGAUAUGUUCUUUGA